AUGGCCCAAUCCGUCGCUCCCGGUGACAUCACCACCCAGCCCGGCACGAAGAUUGUCUUCAACGCCCCCUACGAUGACAAGCACACCUACCACAUCAAGGUGAUCAACUCUGGCGGCCGCCGCAUCGGAUGGGCCUUCAAGACCACCAACAUGAAGCGCCUCGGAGUCGACCCGCCGUGCGGUGUCCUCGACCCCAAGGAGCAGGUUCUGGUGGCCGUGUCGUGCGACUCCUUCCAGUUCGGCGCUGAGGACACCAAUAACGACCGUGUCACCAUCGAGUGGACCAACACCCCCGACGGCGCCGCCAAGCAGUUCCGCCGCGAGUGGUUCCAGGGCGACGGCAUGCAGGGCAUUCUUCGAAAAUUUGAGGUCUUCAAGACGUAUCGUUGCGGCUGGGGAUUGCGCGCAAAGGAGACGAUCGAGCCCGUGAACAUCUCUACGAUGCAACCUAUGCCGGAAAGAAUGUUCUACUCGAUGCGACAAACCGACGAGGAGCCGCCCAAAAAGAUGCUAUCCAACGCCGGCACGAAAAACAGCGAAUCAAGCGACGAUGGAUCCGAGGAUGUGACUACCCGCGCGCUUCCACCCAGGCCCGCCUGCCUCAAUGGCAUUCCAUCUUCUUCCGAAGACGAGGCUCCAGCGAACAAACUUCCGGUCAAGGCUGCUGCGGCGAAGGCUCCGGCGGCGCGCAAGCAGUCGUCCUCCAGCAGCGAUUCCGAUUCCGACGAUGAGAAGGCCCGGGCAAAGAAGGCUUCUGCCAAGCCAGCCGCUGCCAAGCCGACAGCUACCAAGGGCAAAUCUUCGUCUUCUGAGGAUUCUUCUGACGAUGACGCUGCCCCCAAGAAAACUCCAGUCAAGCCAGCUGCAGCCGUCAAGACUCCAGUCACGAAGAAGCCCGCCUCAAGCAGUGACGACUCCUCGGAUGAUGAAGCCCCGGCAAAGAAGGCUCCUGCCAAAGCUGACGCCACGGCCAAGACUCCAGUGACCAAGAAGCCGGCCUCUAGCAGCGAAGAUUCCUCCGAAGACGAAGCCCCGAAGAAGACCCCGGCCAAGCCGGCGGCUGCCAAGGCUCCCGCUACCCAGAAAAAACAGUCGUCAUCGGAUGAUUCGGACUCAGAGGAUGAAGCCCCGGCCAAGAAAGCUCCAGUCAAAGCAGCGGCUACCCCCAAGACUCCCUUGGCCAAGAAGCCUGCAUCCAGCAGUGAGGACUCGUCGGAUGAUGAAGCCGCCAAGAAGACGCCAGCCAAGCCAGCGCUCGCCAAGGUUACUACCACGGCCGCCCAGAAGAAGCUGUCGUCCGACGAUUCUGAUUCCGAGGACGAGGCCCCCAAGAAAGUCGUCGCGAAACCGGUGCCGGUAAAGGCUGUUGUCGCUGCCAAGAAGGCGUCAUCUUCUGAGGAUUCUGAUUCGGAAGACGAGCCGCCGGCCAAGAAGGUCCCUGCAAAGGCUGCCCCCGUCAAGGCCCCGGCUGCCAAGAAGGACACCUCGGACAGCGAUGACUCUUCUGAUGAUGAGGCUCCCGUGAAGACCUCUGCUGCUAAACCCCUCCCGACAAAGCCGGCAGCUACCAAGGGCAAAUCUUCGUCUUCUGAGGAUUCUUCUGACGACGACGCUGCCCCCAAGAAAACUCCAGUCAAGCCAGCCGCAGCCGUCAAGACUCCAGUCGCGAAGAAGCCCGCCUCAAGCAGUGACGACUCCUCGGAUGAUGAAGCCCCGGCAAAGAAGGCUCCUGCCAAAACUGUCGCCACGGCCAAGACUCCAGUGACCAAGAAGCCGGCUUCUAGCAGCGAAGAUUCCUCCGAAGACGAAGCCCCGAAGAAGACCCCGGCCAAGCCGGCUGCUGCCAAGGCUCCCGCUACCCAGAAAAAACAGUCGUCAUCGGAUGAUUCGGACUCAGAGGAUGAAGCCCCGGCCAAGAAAGCUCCAGUCAAAGCAGCGGCUACCCCCAAGACUCCCUUGGCGAAGAAGCCUGCAUCCAGCAGCGAGGACUCGUCGGAUGAUGAAGCCGCCAAGAAGACGCCGGCCAAACCAGCGCUCGCCAAGAUUACUACCCCGGCUGCCCAGAAGAAGCUGUCGUCCGACGAUUCCGAUUCCGAGGACGAGGCCCCCAAGAAAGUCGUCGCGAAACCGGUGCCGGUAAAGGCUCCUGUCGCUGCCAAGAAGGCGUCAUCUUCUGAGGAUUCUGAUUCGGAGGACGAGCCGCCGGCUAAGAAGGUCCCUGCAAAGGCUGUCCCUGUCAAGGCUCCGGCUGCCAAGAAGGACACCUCGGACAGCGAUGACUCUUCUGAUGAUGAGGCUCCUGUGAAGGCAGCUGCUAAGCCCGUCCCAACAAAGCCGGCCGCUGCCAAGGGCAAAGCGUCCUCUUCUGAGGAUUCGUCUGACGAUGACGCUGCCCCCAAGAAAACUCCAGUCAAGCCAGCUGCAGCCGUCAAGACUCCACAGCGAAGAUUCCUCCGAAGACGAAGCCCCGAAGAAGACCCGGCCAAGCCGGCUGCUGCCAAGGCUCCCGCUACCCAGAAAAAACAGUCGUCAUCGGAUGAUUCGGACUCAGAGGAUGAAGCCCCGGCCAAGAAAGCCCCAAUCAAAGCAGCGGCUAACCCGAAGACUCCCUUGGCCAAGAAGCCUGCAUCCAGCAGCGAAGACUCGUCGGAUGAUGAAGCCGCCAAGAAGACGCCGGCCAAGCCAGCAGUCGCCAAACCUACCCCGAAGGCCAAGGCGUCUUCCAGUGAGGAUUCUGAUGACGAUGAGCCCGUGAAGGCUAAGACUCCCGCUACGAAAAAGGCUGCCGAGGUCGAGGAUGAAGAUAUGGAUACAUCGACGCCCGCUCACAAUGGCGGUGGCGAUCGCCGAUCAGUGCCGAUGAAGAGGAAAUCCAACGAGCCGUUCCGCCGUGUGCAGACGACCAAGGACGACGUGCCCGAGAAGUUCCGCAACAAUGCUUUUGACGGCAGCCACGACGUCUGGGGCCAGAAAGCUCACGCCACGCUCAGCAAGACACAAGGCAAAGGAUUCCGUCACGAGAAGACGAAAAAGAAGAAGGGUAGUUACGGCGGUGGCCCGAUCCCGAUGGGCGUCAACUCGGUCAAGUUCGACGACUCCGACGACGAG